CACUAGUGUUCGUAAGAUGCACCUGUUCAAGGGCUCUUCAACCAUCAUCGGGAUAGGAUGACUAUUCCAAGCCAUAUCAAUCACUGCACGUGAGAGCUGGAGCGGAGUUUGGAAGACUUCUCCGCUCGUCCUCUGUAGCCGAUAGCGGGCUUGAGCGUCUCCACCUUUGGAAGCGCGAGUUGAGUUGAGGCAGCCUUGGUCAGCCGGAAGUUGUUCAAGACGCUGUGAAACAUCUUUCCUCCAGAUCAAUACCAUAAUCACAAUUCAAAAUGGCGGCAGCAAUCAAGGCCCUCAAUGCGAAGAUUCGCUCAAACCCCUACACCGACUACCUCUGCUCGACCCACUUCUGGGGCCCCGCAUCCAACUUUGGUAUUCCUCUCGCUGCCGUAAUGGACACACAAAAGGACCCUGAAAUUAUCUCUGGAUCCAUGACCGCUGCUCUCUGCGGCUACUCUGCCACAUUCAUGCGCUACGCCUUUGCCGUCACCCCCGUAAACUACCUCCUCUUUGGCUGUCACUUUGUCAACUUUGGCGCACAAGUGACUCAGGGAUACAGAUACCUCAACUACUGGAACUUCGGUGGUAGAGAGUUGAAGCAAAAGGCCACACAGGAGGCUUCUCACAUUGCCGAUCAGGCCAAGGCCGCCGCUGCAAAGGUCGAGUCCAAGGCCAAGGAGGUCGCCAACAAGGUCACCAGCUCAUAAACAAUACCAACAUCUUGUUCAUGGAAUUCACUUCCAGCACACACUAAAGUCCUCGAGCACGUGAUUGAUGCAUUGGAUACCACACGCACCACGCGACCAGACCUUGUCAGGGCUAACAAGUCGGGCCAUGAGGUCGAAGAAGAGCUUUGCACGUAUAUCUGGGGACGGCUAUUCCAUGGUUACGCUGCCAAAUGUCCAUAAUCGUUUCAUAAUGAAUGAAUCUUUUCCAAACAUCAACUUUACUGCUUCAUCAGACUACGCUUUACUAAUCUCCUGAAUACGAUUGUCACAGGACCAUCCUGUUGAUAGUUUAGAGUCUAUAUUGAGGGGCAAUGCAUUUCUUCCUACAGUCU